AGCCCCUGAGAAGGUCGCCAUUUUAACGUUGUCUGUCACCGUCGUUAAACAUCAUUUCGAGAGUUGUUCCCGAAAAACACGAAUUAAAGCGGUUUAAUUACUUUUCGGCUGUCGUUGCUAAUUAACAUUAGCAAAAUGACGCAGCAAUUACUACCGAUACGUUUUCAGGAACACCUGCAGUUAACUGCAAUUGGAAUAAAUGAUACAAACAUCUCUUUCGCGACUCUCACGAUGGAGAGCGACAAAUUUAUUUGCGUUCGGGAGAAGGUUGGGGAUACAUCGCAAGUUGUUAUCAUCGAUAUGGCCGAUCAAACGAAUCCAAUUCGAAGACCGAUUACGGCGGAGAGCGCGAUUAUGAAUCCUGCGUCGAAAGUGAUCGCUUUGAAAGGAAAAGCUGGGGUGGAAGCUCAAAAAACCCUUCAAAUAUUCAACAUUGAAAUGAAAUCGAAAAUGAAAGCCCACGUAAUGAACGAAGACGUGGUUUUUUGGAAAUGGAUUUCGUUAAAUACUUUAGCCCUUGUUACUGAGAACACGGUUUAUCAUUGGUCGAUGGAGGGCGAUUCGCAGCCGGUUAAAAUGUUCGAUCGACACUCUUCAUUGAAUAGUUGCCAAAUUAUAAAUUAUCGUACGGAUCCGAAACAAAAUUGGUUGCUUUUAGUGGGAAUUGGGAGUCAACAAAAUCGAGUUGUUGGGGCGAUGCAGCUUUAUUCCGUCGAACGGAAGUGUUCGCAACCCAUCGAAGGUCACGCGGCGUCUUUCGCAACGUUUAAAAUGGACGGAAAUCCGGAACCUUCAACGUUAUUCUGUUUCGCCGUUCGUACAACAACAGGGGGAAAAUUGCAUAUAAUCGAAGUGGGGCAAAGCCCCACAGGAAAUCAACCGUUCCCGAAAAAAACCGUCGAUGUUUUUUUCCCACCAGAAGCCCAAAACGAUUUUCCCGUCGCGAUGCAAGUCUCAUCGAAAUACGACGUGAUUUAUUUAAUCACUAAAUAUGGUUAUAUUCACCUCUAUGAUAUCGAAACGGGAACUUGUAUUUAUAUGAAUCGGAUUUCGAGCGAAACGAUUUUUGUAACUGCACCUCAUGAUAGUACUGGGGGGAUUAUUGGGGUGAAUCGAAGGGGUCAAGUUCUUUCUGUAUCUGUUGAUGAAGACAAUAUCAUUCGUUACAUUAAUACGGCGUUGCAUAAUCCCGAUUUAGCGUUAAGAUUAGCCGUUCGUAAUAAUUUGGCGGGAGCUGAGGAGUUAUUUGUAAAUAAAUUUCAAAUGUUGUUUCAAAACGCGCAAUAUGCGGAGGCUGCUAAAGUUGCCGCGAACGCUCCAAAGGGGAUUUUGAGGACGCCUCAAACGAUUCAGAUGUUUCAACAAGUUCCGACUCCUCCGGGACAAAAUAGCGCGCUUUUACAGUAUUUUGGGAUUUUGUUGGAUCAAGGACAAUUAAAUCGAUAUGAAUCCUUGGAGCUUUGCAAACCGGUUUUAAUGCAAGGGAGAAAACAGUUGUUGGAGAAGUGGUUGAAAGAGGAGAAAUUGGAGUGUUCAGAGGAACUUGGUGAUUUGGUCAAACAAACCGAUCCCACUCUCGCGCUUUCCGUCUAUUUGAGAGCCAAUGUUCCAGCUAAGGUUAUACAAAGUUUUGCGGAAACUGGUCAAUUUCAAAAAAUCGUUCUUUACGCCAAAAAAGUAUCUUACACCCCCGACUACAUCUAUUUACUCCGUUCAGUGAUGCGCACCAACCCAGAUCAAGGCGCAAUUUUCGCAACAAUGCUUGUAGCAGACGAAGAACCUCUCGCCGAUAUAAACCAAAUCGUCGAUAUCUUUAUGGAACAAAACAUGGUUCAACAAUGCACUUCAUUCUUGUUGGACGCGUUAAAAAAUAAUCGCCCGGAAGAGGGACACCUCCAAACCCGAUUAAUCGAGAUGAAUUUAAUGAGCGCCCCACAAGUAGCAGACGCAAUUUUGAGUAAUAACAUGUUUACUCACUAUGAUAGACCUCACGUAGCGCAAUUAUGCGAAAAAGCGGGGUUGUUACAAAGAGCCCUCGAACAUUACACCGAUUUAUACGAUAUAAAGCGAGCUGUGGUGCACACCCCUUUAUUACCAGCUGAUUGGUUGGUGAGUUUCUUUGGCACAUUGAGUGUUGAGGAUAGUUUGGAAUGUUUAAAAGCGAUGUUAACGGCUAAUAUUCGCCAAAAUUUGCAAAUUUGCGUCCAAAUCGCCACGAAAUACCACGAACAACUAACCACGAAAAGUUUAAUCGAUUUAUUUGAAAGUUUUAAAAGUUACGAGGGGUUAUUUUAUUUCCUCGGCUCCAUCGUUAAUUUUAGCCAAGACCAAGAGGUCCAUUUCAAAUACAUCCAAGCCGCGUGUAAAACCGGCCAAAUCAAAGAAGUCGAAAGAAUCUGCCGCGAAAGUAAUUGCUACAACCCCGAGAGGGUUAAAAAUUUCUUAAAGGAAGCCAAAUUAACCGAUCAACUCCCGCUAAUCAUCGUUUGCGACCGAUUCGAUUUCGUCCACGAUUUAGUUUUGUACCUAUAUCGAAACUCUUUGCAAAAAUACAUCGAAAUUUACGUGCAAAAAGUAAAUCCGAGUCGACUUCCCGUCGUCGUUGGCGGUUUAUUAGACGUCGAUUGUUCCGAGGAUAUAAUUAAAAACCUUAUUAUGGUGGUUCGGGGUCAAUUUUCAACCGACGAAUUAGUCGAGGAAGUCGAAAAAAGGAACCGCCUCAAAUUGUUAUUACCCUGGCUCGAAAGUAGAGUCCACGAAGGUUGUGUUGAACCCGCAACUCACAACGCCCUCGCUAAAAUCUAUAUCGACACAAACAACAACGCCGAACGAUUCUUAAAAGAGAACCAAUGGUAUGAUUCGAGAGUCGUGGGGAGAUAUUGCGAAAAAAGAGAUCCUCAUUUAGCAUGUGUCGCUUAUGAACGGGGAAAAUGUGAUCGGGAAUUAAUCGCGGUUUGUAACGAAAAUUCGCUUUUUAAAUCUGAAGCUCGUUAUUUGGUGCGUAGUCAAGACGCGGAUCUUUGGGGCGAAGUUCUAAGCGAAGAUAACCCAUACAGACGCCAAUUAAUCGAUCAAGUCGUUCAAACCGCUUUAAACGAAACCCAAAAUCCCGAGGAUAUAUCAGUAACCGUUAAAGCAUUUAUGACUGCCGAUUUACCAAACGAAUUAAUCGAGUUAUUAGAAAAAAUUGUUUUGGAAAAUUCGAUUUUCUGCGAUCACCGUAACUUGCAGAAUUUGUUAAUUUUAACCGCGAUUAAAGCGGAUCCAACUCGCGUUAUGGACUAUAUUAAUCGAUUGGAUAAUUACGACGCGCCCGAUAUCGCCAAUAUAGCUAUUAAUUCGCAUUUAUACGAGGAAGCGUUCGCCCUCUACAAGAAAUUUGAUGUUAACACCUCCGCUAUUCAAGUUUUAAUCGAACAAUUAAACAAUUUAGACCGCGCUUACGAAUUUGCGGAACGCUGUAACGAACCGGAAGUGUGGAGUCAACUGGCUAAAGCUCAAUUAAAUCAAGGAUUAGUUAAAGAGGCCAUUGAUUCUUAUAUUAAAGCCGAUGAUCCCAGUGCUUAUGUUGCGGUCGUUGAGACUGCUUCGAAAAAUAAUUCUUGGGAGGAUUUGGUUCGAUAUCUUCAAAUGGCACGUAAAAAAGCUCGCGAAUCCUACAUCGAAUCAGAAUUAAUCUAUUCCUACGCAAAAACCGGCCGAUUAGCCGACUUAGAAGAAUUUAUAAGUGGCCCAAAUCACGCCGACAUCCAAAAAAUCGGCGACCGUUGUUUCGAUGAUAAAAUGUACGAUGCCGCUAAGCUUUUAUACAAUAACGUUUCAAAUUUCGCCCGUCUCGCAAUCACUUUGGUACAUUUAAAAGAAUUUCAAGGUGCUGUUGAUGGGGCUCGUAAAGCGAACAGUACCCGAACGUGGAAAGAAGUAUGUUUUGCGUGUGUCGAUGCAGAAGAAUUCCGGUUGGCUCAAAUGUGCGGGAUGCACAUUGUCGUGCACGCCGAUGAAUUGCAAGAUUUGAUUAAUUAUUAUCAAGAUCGAGGUUAUUUCGAGGAGUUAAUUUUGUUGUUGGAAGCGGCUUUAGGGUUGGAAAGGGCUCAUAUGGGAAUGUUCACCGAGUUGGCUAUUUUGUAUUCGAAAUAUAAACCGGGGAAAAUGAGGGAACAUUUAGAACUGUUUUGGUCGAGAGUUAAUAUCCCUAAAGUGUUGAGAGCCGCCGAACAAGCUCAUCUUUGGGCCGAAUUAGUUUUCCUUUACGAUAAAUACGAAGAAUACGACAACGCGGUCUUGGCGAUGAUGACCCAUCCGACGGAAGCAUGGCGCGAAGGCCACUUUAAAGAUAUUAUUACUAAAGUUGCUAAUAUCGAACUUUAUUAUAAAGCUAUUCAAUUUUAUUUGGAUUAUAAACCGUUGUUAUUAAACGAUAUGUUGUUGGUUUUGGCCCCGAGAAUGGACCAUACGCGAGCCGUUACUUUUUUCACAAAAGCCGGACACCUACAAUUGGUCAAAUCUUAUUUAAGAAGCGUUCAAAGCUUAAACAAUAAGGCAAUCAACGAAGCUUUGAAUAGUUUAUUAAUCGAGGAGGAAGAUUUCCAAGGAUUACGAACGUCAAUCGAUGCUUUUGAUAACUUUGACAACAUCGGGUUAGCCCAAAAUUUAGAAAAACACGAACUAACCGAAUUUAGACGCAUCGCCGCUUACCUUUACAAAGGAAAUAAUCGAUGGAAACAAAGCGUUGAAUUAUGUAAAAAAGAUAGAUUAUUCCGAGAUGCAAUGGAAUAUACUGCAGAAUCGCGUCAAGGUGAGCUCGCGGAAGAAUUAUUGGCUUGGUUUUUGGAACGUAAAGCAUACGAUUGUUUCUCGGCUUGUUUGUAUCAAUGUUACGAUCUUCUCCGACCGGAUGUUAUCUUGGAGUUAGCGUGGCGCCACAAUAUCAUGGAUUUCGCCAUGCCUUAUUUAAUACAAACAACGCGGGAGUUGACGUUGAAAGUGGAAAAGUUGGAACAAUCGGAAACUAAAAGGGAAAGCGAAGCCGCCGAGGAAACGCACAAGCCCAUGAUGAUGGCCGAGCCGCAAUUAAUGCUAACCGCAGGCCCCGGAAUGGGGAUGCCACCACAACAAUAUGUACCACCCGUUCAAGGUUAUGCCCCAACUAGUUAUGCUCCGCAAAUGCCCUAUCAAGGUUAUGGGAUGUAAUAUGAGGUGGUGUCGAUAGAUGGAGUUGUACAACAAUUUCGUUUGAUUAUUAAAUAGCUAACUAAAAGAAUAUUUUAAUUUUUUUCUGUUUAUGAGGAAAAAAUGUAUAUAAAUAUGAUUAUAUAAUCUACGUAAUAAAAGAUUAAUGAACAUGAAAAGUAAGGAUAGAAAAUUUGAACGAAAAUAAAAAAAAACCCGUACUAUUAUUAUUAUUCUUAUUAAUAAAAAGAAGUAAUUUUUUUCUUUACCGAUAAAUAAAACGCUUUAGUGUGUAAAUAAACUAUAUAAAUUUACAAAAUAAAAAUGAAGAGAGAUUGAACCAUUCCUUAGCUUACAAUGUAAUUUUAUUGUUGAAAAAAGGGGCAAAAAUUAAUUUAGUUUUAUUUAUCCGUAUCGUAUGAUUAAAAAGUUAGAAAUAGUUUUUAGAGGAGUUAAACAUUUUUUUAAUAACUAAUUUUAUUAUAAUUAAUUAAUAGUUAUGUUAUUUAGCUUACGCUAAAAAUAAAGGAAUUGUAAAAGAUUU